GAAUCAUGGUGAAUGGACUAUGGGACACAUCCGAUCACUGGCUCAAAUCUACGGUUAUUCAACGGUCCAAAUUCAACCAACAAAACUCACAACACGAAGAUGGUCAUAUUCAGCCAAUCAUUUAUCUUUUCAGACUAUAUCACACAUCCACAAGAUGGCCCACCAGAUUAAAAGCCCGAUCACCAGAAAAAUUAGCCACGUGUACAGUCAUGAGCUACCAGAAUACAUUUUCCACGACGGAACUUCCAUAAACCGAUUACUCCUUUUAAUCCCACCCUCCAUUCUCACCUUUCCCAUUAUAAGCUUCUUCCUUUUGCCCUCUUUCCUCCAUCGCAACAAAUCAAAGCCGUUCAUUCAAGGCCAUGGAAGGAGAAUCUGGAGCCUUCCGAAAGGACUCCUUCGGAGUGACGACGCGUGUCCAUGUCACUGCUUUGGACGGUCUGGUGAACGUCAAUUCCCUCUUCACGAUCGCCGUCUUCGUGGGCCUUACGCUGACAACUCCCGGCCAGAAAAGCCUCGAGAACAAGACCGUCUGCGAUGCGGGGCCUGACGUGGCGGAGAAGCUCCUCCUCUUCGAGGUCGUCUCCUUCAGCUUCUUCCUCUUCUCGAGCCUGAUAGCCCAGGGCCUGAAAUUAGCCAUCAAUCUGCUGAACAGCAAGGAUGUGGACGAGGCGUUCCGGGCCCACAUCAAUCUGACGAUGCUGAGGUUUGGGAUGCUCGGAUCUGCGGUCGGGUCCGUGAUGGGAUGCCUCUUCAUGAUGCUGUCAUUGGUGAAUGUGAUUCAGAUAAGGUUGGGGAUGCUGUCGUGCGGUAGCAAAGCUGCGGUGCACGCGGUCGCAGCGCUCGUCACGCUCGUCACUACGUCUAUCUUGACGUAUAUUUCUACGGCCGUGUACGCUUUCACGCGAUAAAGACGUAUGCGAAUUGCGGAGGCGGAGCCGUACUUCUAGGGUUUUUGUUCUUGUUGUUCUUAAUUUUAUUUAUUUCUGUUUCUGGACAUGUGUUUGAAAGUGAGAGAGCAUUCGCACGA